AUGAAGCCCAAUUAAAAAGUAUUUGAUCAUCUCAAAACAUAUGACUUUUAUUUACCUACUCAUUUAGAACAAGUAUAAAAAUCGUAUUUUUAUUUUUAUUAUUAGCUUUUAUGAAUAAUUAGUUGACAAUUUAGGAUUAAGUGAAAGUUUUAGAACUUCAUUUUUAAGUUAAAUCUCUAAAAUUGGUUAAUUUGCUCAUAAUGAAUAAUAAUUUAGAUAAUUAAUCAAAGACUCAUGGUCAGGUUUUUUUAAUAAAGUUGCUUUAAAUUCGAUAUGUGUCAUUUAAGAUCAAUAAGAAUACAAAGAAAUACGUGAAUUUAUGAUAAAUGUUAUGAUUGAACCAAAAAAACAUGAAAUCAUAUAUAUUGAUGAAUUACUAUAAAUAUAUGAAUACUAUCUUUUAGAGGUACACAUAUAAACAUUAAUAUAUUAUUUAGAAAAAAUAUGUUACUAAUAUUGUAAAUAGAACUAAAUUUAGAAUGAUUCUAAGUAAAUUGAUUUGUAGUAAAUUUGUUCUGAAUUAAGAUGAAAAGUAUUAGCCAUAAAUUAAACAAUAUUUAUUCGAAUUAUAUAUUUAGAAAAUUGAAAAAAUAGAUGAAAAAGAAAGAAUCCGUGUUGAAUAAAUCACUAAAUCUAAUAUAUUUCAUAUCCUAUUUGAAUUAUUAUUUGAUCAAAAUGAAGGAUAGGGAAAUAGAUUUCAUCAUCUAAAAUAAAUUGUAUUGAUCUUAAUUGAUGAAUAAUCAAAUAUUCUUAUUUCCUUUUAAAUUUUAAAAGAUUUUAAUCAAAUGUAUUUGUCAAAAGAAAAAAUACUUUUUGAAAGAAUCGAUCCUCGAGCUAAUGUUGAUCAUAAUCGUAUAGCUAUGGACUUAAAUUAGAAAUUCAAAGAAAAAAAAGAUCUUAAAGAAGCCAUAAGAUCUAUUGUUCAAAAAUCAACAUAAACUAUUGAUUAUAAAUAACUACUAAAAGAAUUAGUCACUAAAGAUAUUUAUUCUAAAGAAAAUGAAUAACUCUUUUUCCCUCUUCUUAAAGAAUUCGAUAUCAAUCAUUUCUAAAAAUAUCGUAGACAACCUAUUGAUAAUCAAAUUAUUUAAUAAAUUAAAAAUCUAGGAUAUAUUAAAAUUAAUGAAAAUGAAUUUGAAAAUGAUAAUUUUCAACUUCAUGCAAUGGAUAACACAAAUAUGAUUGUAAUCAAUAAAAAAAAUAAAUAAAAAGUAAAGUGUACCAACAUAAAAGAAUUACUCUUGUUUAUGUAAAAUAGCAAUAUUUGA